AUGCCUCGUGCUACCGCCGGUACCCUGGUUCAGUGUGACCCCUCUAUCAAGGCCAUCAUCAGCAAAAUUAAUGAAGAGAAUGGCGGUCUUUACAUUUCCGAAGACAUUGAUGACGAGACCUGCUUAAUCAACACCAAGAAGCUCGAUGAGCUCAAGCAAAAGCUCAAGGAUGCAAGCAAACCCUCGUCAUAUCGCACAGCACCCACUGACAGCUUUACANNGGCCCUCAAGGACACCGUUCGCGAGGCCGAGGACUCGAGCUCCGAGUAG